AUGCCAACCUUCCAAAUCCUCUACUUCGCAUCCGCCUCCAGCUACACUGGCAAAUCCAGCGAGGCCCUACCAGCACCCUUACCACUCUCACGGCUGUUUCCAUUACUCGAGGAACGAUACCCGGGCAUUACGGAGAAAGUGCUAGGUAGUUGUAGUGUUAGUGUUGGGUUGGAGUAUGUUGAUAUCCCUGAUGGACCGGCCGCCGGAAACGAGGUCGACGAGAGAGUGAUUGGGGAGGGGGAGGAGGUUGCUAUUAUCCCGCCUGUUAGUUCGGGGUAA